AUGCUAAUUGUUUCAUCGACGAAGAAAGUUCCUUUUAGCGAUUUUAACGGAUUUGUUAAGGCCCUUGAAGAGGGUUCUUAUCGAUUCCUUACACCAUCACAUGAUUGGAUACCGGAAUGUCCUGGUGCAUACACGGCCGUUUCGUGUGUGGAACUUUUCGAUAGAAUUUUUAAGAAGUAUCCGCCGGUUAAGGGUGGCAUAUCGCAACUUGCUAAUGAAUCUUUUGUGCGAAAGCAAAAAUCUCCUCUCGUAAGCGUACAGUGGUACGAAGAGUCGCGUAUUGGUGGAAAGUAUAGCGUUUGGACGCAAAAAACGUUCAGAUCGAAUAUUUGGGUUAUUGCUGACUUCAUUGUUUCUCCAGCUUCAUUUAUUUUGGCCACGAAUUUCAGCUAUCUCAACGAGCUCAACAAGGGAAUUAUUGAACUGCUUCCCGCAUUCAAGGAGUCUUGUAGGCCGCCGAAACGGCAAAAGACUAGUAUGGCGAUGUGUACCUACAAAACACGUACGCUUGCAUUAGAAACGGCUACUAAAGAUCUGAUAAUAGAGUUGAUGGAGUUGGUGUCUUCAUCAACACCACCAUAG